CUUGACUUUCCGUCGGCCCAUCUGGCCAUCUCACUACUUAUCCUUGCAUCCUUCUUUCAGCACCUUCCUUGGACACUUUCAUAAUUCUCCUUAUUCUACAGAACACCUCCAGGAUGAAACGGUCGUAUAGUCAACUCGAGGCUGAAGCCUUUCCGGAAGACCCCUGUCAAAAGCGGCGGUCAUAUGGGGUUCAAUGCCAGGUCCAAAACGACCAUUGUCCAUCCUGGCUCCCCUUACAACAACAGUCUUGGCUGCUGCCCUCCCGUUCCGAGGUUCUCGACUAUUUCGACUUUCAUCGACACCGUUUUUCAACCAAGAACGACUACGAAACCAUCUUGAAGCCACAAUUGGAAGACGCAUUCGCACUCAUCACACAGCAGAACCUCACACUGGACCAUAUACACGCCUACGGAACCCGAUGGCUACUCAACCGCGGCUUAUUAUAUGUUGUCGCCCAACCAGUCGCGGACGACGUGCUCGUCUUCCGCGAGUGGCAAGCACUGCGGAAAUCUCUCCUGUGGCUGCGCUCCAGAAGCCCGUCAAUCGUGCAAAGGGCGAAUUUUGACGCAACCAUCCAAGCCAUGGAUGCUCCGGAAGCAUUCGAAUUCUCGCUCGAGACGUUGCGUGCUACGAACGAGCAUUUACAAGUCCUCUGGAGGCAAAGCGCAGGCAGUCCCAUGGAGGUCCCCGAACCUUCGUAUCUGGAUACGAACAUCGCGACGCUCCGGCAAUGGGACGACAUGGAGAUCAGCUCUCCGGCCUGUUGACAUCGAAAUCGACUUUUCGCUUUUAUUUGUAACAAAAAGAAUGUACGAUACAGACAUGGCUACACGAAAGCCUCAUUCUCCUUAUAGCUAAGGUACGGAUCUACUCGGUUUCAGGCGUUGGCACGGCGGGCAUUACAUCAAAGGGAUUUGACAUUUAGACGAGCGCAUCUUCGUCCGAGAAAUAAUCUAAAUAUUAAUUUUAACACAAAGAGCAUAACAUCACUUUAC